UAUAAAGCGUCUGACGUCACACCACGCAUGCGCUUAUCUCUCCCAUUUCGGCUUGUGAACUUUUCUGGACGACCUACACAGGAUCUCAGUUCCAAAGAUGUACAAAUUAAUUGCCAUUUUGGGAGUUGCUUUUGCAGCAUUUUUAUGUUUUGAAUUUGGAAAUGCCAUCCAGUGUUAUCAGUGUAACUCCUACUUCCAACAGGAUUGCUCUGAUUACUUUAACAACCACUCACAUGCUCUGGUAGACUGUGGACCAAAUGUCACCAUGUGUAGGAAAAUUGUCCAGGAAGUUUACUACCAGGAUGAGUGGAAUGUGCGCUACAUCCGUCAGUGUGCUCCAUCAGGAGAGAUCGGUGAGGAUGAGGGACGUGUCUGCAAGGAGAGAACCGGAACAUACCGCAUCAAAAUGAAAUACUGCCACUGUGGAAACCAGCACGGAUGUAACAGCGCCUCAAACGUUCAGCUGCCACUCGUAAUGCUCCUGCUCCCAGUCUUAGCUGCUGUCAAAUCUCAACUGUCUAAUCUCUUAUGAAAUUGUCUUUAAAAGUUUAGGUCUUAAUGAGAAAUUAAAUGUUAAAAAUACCUUGAUGUAAUAACGAUAAAAGGUCUUAACCAGAUUAAUUUUUUGGACUAUGCAAACUCGUGUUGGAAAUUUGAUUUUAAUAGAUUUUAAAUAUGUGAUCUAUACCAGUAUAUGUUUAUCAGAACCUCAACUAAAUAGGUAAAAUUUUUGACAUUCCAAUUGUCAUGUGCAGGAAUCUCAUUUGUUUAUCAUAUACAUCACUAUUACAUUCUGUAUUUUUAUUUUCUUGAAAGUUAGAAUUAAGAACCCUUAAAAAGUUGGGCUUAAGAAAUUGUGUAUGAUGAUUAAGAAACAGGAUUGGAAUCCACAAAAUGAAAGCAAAACUGAAAAAAAAUGUGUUUUUUUACAUCCUCUGACUUCACACAAAUGCUUGUAUGAUGUUAGUUUUUAGACUUCACUUUUCAAAAUAAAUUUGUGCAAUGUUUUUUCUCUAAUAUUUGUAAUAGACUUUAUUAGAAAGCAUGUUCAUCAUGUUGUAGAUAUAGACUGAUAAUUCAUGUUAAUAGCUACUUGCAAGUGUAAAUACUCACUGAAAAUGUAAAGCAUUUUUUCUAGAUGUCUGCAAUCCAAAUUUUCUGUGAGAUUCACUUUUAAUUGCAUGUACUUAUAGCUAUUAUCCUGAAUUAUUUUAGUAGAUUUUUGAAAGAAAUUUGUUUUUAACUUGGAUGUCUUGACUCUAAAAGAGAAUUUGAUGGUGCAGUGAGGAGUUAGUUCCCUUAGCCAGUUUUGUCCAACAGUUGCAAACACACACAGUACACAAUAUGUGAAUGGGAGAAGAUGUGAUAUGUGAGAGAAUCAUUGUAUUUAGCCAUAUCUGGGUCAUGCAUUGAAUUAUUCACAAAUUAUUUAAAUAAGAUUCUUUUAUUUUUAAGGCAACUCUUUAUUAUUACCCAAAAUAUCAAUGAAAUGUAUAUUUUUAUUUUCAGUGUACACAUUCCAUUUAUUUUACAGGUUGUGUUAAACAGUGUUGUGAUAAAACAUAAUGCACAACCAUUGCAGCCAAAUUCAUUGUAUUCUUUUGAUACUAUAGCUUAACUUUUAACAUCGUGUUGCCAUAGUUUCUAUUUGUUUAAUGACUGGCACUGAUAUUUUGUUGAACACAAACUCAGACAUGUACAUUUAGUCAGAUUUCUUAAUAAAUUUUUAAUUUUG